AUGGCUGCUGCUACGCCUUCUCCUGAGUAUCUCGCCGAGACGCGUGGCCCGAUGAUUCGGACUGUUACGUGGCUCUCUGUGAUCUUUCCCAUUCUUUUUGUUGGACUUAGAGUGUACACGAGAUUGUUUGUGCGAAAGGUCUUUGGUCUUGAUGACUGGGUCAUUGUUAUCUCUCUGGUUCUUCUCAUCUGCUAUGGCGCCAUCAUCGAAGCUGCCGUUCAGAAAGGUCUCGGUCGACACGUCGAAUGGGUUCUCACCUUUGCUCCCCAAGAUGCCGUCCCGGUCGCAUUGCUCGGCCAAGUCUCACAGCCCUUUGUGGUCAUGUCGUGUGCCUUGGGCAAGACAUCCUUCUCGAUCAGCCUCAUGCGACUAGCCGCACAGCGAUUCAUCCAUCGGUUCCUCUGGUUCAUCGUCGUCACUAUGCUUACACUUCACAUCCUCAUCUCUAUUAUUGUCUUUGUGCACUGUGAAGAUCCCCGAACAACAUGGAACCCGGCUAUCGUGAGCAAGUGUUGGCAUCCUAAUUCCUACCUUGGAGUUUUGUACUUCAUCGGCGCUUACUCUGCCGUGACCGAUUUCAUCCUCGCGCUUCUUCCUUGGGCUAUGCUCUGGAACUUGAACAUGAAGAACAAGGAAAAGUUCGGUGUAGCUUUCGCCAUGAGUCUUGGUGUCUUCGCCGGAGCUAUCGCAGUUAUUAAAUGCACAAAGCUCAAAGCCAACGCAACAAGCACCGAUCCUACCUACGACGUCGGUGAACUUCUCUUCACUGCAUGCGCUGAGAAUGCACUCAUUAUCAUGGCUGCUUGUAUACCUACCCUUCGACCCAUGCUUCGCAAGGUCUUUCCUUCAUCAGCCAAGUCAAGCGAGAACUCGCAUCGUUUGAAGAACAUGAACAACAUCAUGUUCGUUCCCAAGAACAAGGCUGGUCAAUGGAGUGCUUUGAUUGAGACUGAGGCUCAUCCGGAUCACAACUCUGACAACCAGAGUGACAAGAGUAUUCUCAAGGAACAUCGUGGUACUAUGAAUGGUCAGGACAAUGCUGGGCCAGCUGGUGGACCAGCUAGUCCAGCACUAUCACCCCAUAUCAGAAAAACAAUGUCGGUAAAUGUGUCGUAUGACAGGAGUAACAGUAUGUAA